UCCGACUUUACUUAGAGAAUCUUCACUUAAAAUUCGCAUUCAGUCUAACAUCCACCGUUUUCAGUGUACUACGUAGUAGUCUGCCUGUGUACGGUACAAAAAUAGAAUUUUAGCGAUAUAUUCGAUUCGCUUACUGCCCGAUAUUCAGUCUGUUUUGAAGUUUUGUGAAUAGGUGGUUGAAAAUUUAGUGUAUUUUCCUGAUCGCGUUGAAAAAAAACAGAUACAGAUGGUGUACCCCACAUCUAUAACGUAUGAACUCCAGAAGAUGCCAACUCCAGAGUGUGAAAGUCACAGGAGGGCCCUUCAGAGGAAGUUGGCUGAUUCGAUCAAGAAAAUGGUUCCUUUAGACGACAUAAGGAUCAUUUUGGCCGAAGGUGCAAAGGUGAAUGAGCCUGUUGUUCAAGGCCUAAGACCGUUGCAUUAUGCUGUUUGGCAGAGGUAUUUGGAGGCUACGCAACUGCUGCUGACAAGGGGUGGAGAUGUGAACGCUGUGGACGAGUGUGGUUACAGCCCUUUGCACCUGUCUGCUGAAUAUGGAUAUACCGAAGUUGUACGUCUCCUACUCAAAUGCGGUGCAAAAGUGGACUAUCGACCAGAUACCGGUGAAGAUUUUCCCAAGACCAUGCAGGGUGACGAACCCCUUCGUCUUGCCAUCAGAAACAAGCACAUGGACAUUGCCAGAUUGCUACUGGAACACGGUGCUGAUCCCAACAAGCGAUACUUCUUCGGGGCCGAAAUAAACCUCGUUACGGACCUGGAUUUCUUGGAACUGUUGCUGACCUUCGGCGCCAACCCUGAUAGCAGGGACAGAUGCGGUCUGACCCCCCUCAUGAAGGCCGUCAGACAAGGAUCGAAGGGUAUGUCGACUGCCCUUCUACUGCUCAAGUAUGGCGCUGACGUGAAUGCCAUAACGGAUGAACGCAAUGAUUUUAGAACGGUUCUUCACUAUGCAGUUUCCUCUGGUAACUACGAAAUGGUGAACCUCAUCAUCAAACAGGGGGCAAGAUUGAAUUACGAAGAAGGCUAUGACUUUGAGAAACCAAGCCCUUUGGACCUGGCGAUACUAAAGGGCGAUCCAAAAAUUGUAGAGUUGCUCAUAAAGUCUGGUGCUGAUGUGAAUAGCAGUUCUCCUCUUAUUGGCUCUCCUUUGCACGUGGCUUGUGCUGAUCAUAUACUCAACAGAUAUGAAAUUCUGCAGAUGCUGCUGAAAGCUGGUGCCAACCCUAACCUGAAGGUGUUCAACGACAUCAAUGUUAGAAACUCGCAGUUAAGACCAGUCUUGGUGGAAUAUUUGGCAAGGAAUGAUGACCCUGACAUAAGAAUAGUGGAUCUGUUGCUGAAAUAUGGUGCUAAAGUGAUAAUGAAGACCCAGUUUAGGGAUCCCGAUGGCAUAUUAAAUUCUCUAGAACACGUGGUAUCUCCUAAUGGUGAGCCUAUAUUCUAUUUGCUCUUGGAAGCAAGUGAGGCGUUCGACCCAUGCAUGAUAAGAAGGAACAAAGAUUUAACACCAAGGCAAAAGGCAGCUCUGUUGGAACUUGCCAGAUUCCCAUUGAGCUUGAGGAAGCAGGUUAGACUCUACCUACGAAGGCUGCUUGGACCAAACCUACUGGAGGAGGCCCCAAAAUGGGAUUUGCCAACAAGCCUUAUAAAAUACCUCUUGUUCGAAUACUGAGUGUUCGAAAUCUGAGUCAUUAUCUUGUGUACAAGAAUAUUUAACCUAUAUGUGAUAAUUAUUACCACAAUUCUAACCAAAUUAAGGGCUUUUAAUGUCAUUCUUUUUACUGUAGGUGUAGGAUUCAAAUUCAGUAGUGAGAAUUCAUAUAAAUGCGUGAUUUUUGUUCUAAAAUUCAUCGCAUCAAUUUUCAGCCUGCCUGGGAAUGAGAAAUUUCAUGAAAUUUUCAAGGAACGGUUUUUUUUUGUUCGACAGGAGGCAAGCUGACGUGUGAUAUUCUUCUAGCUUUAUUUAUAUAGAAACUUGAUUUUGUAUAUUUUUACCCUUUGUAUGAUGUUGGAAUAAAUGCAAAUCUUGGAACUUU